UUCCUGUAGUUGCAUGCUGAUCUGCGCCUUCCUCUCUGAGUCGGUUUCUGUCAGAGUGAAGAGCACAGUCGAAGCAGAGCGGAACAGGAUGCAGGCUAUCAAAUGUGUGGUCGUGGGAGAUGGAGCGGUGGGAAAAACAUGUCUUCUCAUCAGCUACACAACCAAUGCCUUCCCCGGGGAGUACAUUCCUACUGUAUUUGACAACUACUCAGCGAAUGUGAUGGUGGACAGCAAGCCGGUCAACCUGGGCCUCUGGGAUACAGCUGGACAGGAAGACUACGACAGGCUCCGUCCACUGUCAUACCCACAAACGGAUGUUUUCCUGAUCUGUUUCUCCCUGGUGAGCCCAGCGUCCUAUGAGAACGUCAGAGCAAAGUGGUACCCCGAGGUUCGCCACCACUGCCCCUCCACACCCAUCAUCCUGGUGGGCACCAAGCUGGAUCUGAGGGAUGAGAAGGAAACCAUUGAGAAGCUGAAGGAAAAGAAGUUGGCACCAAUCACCUACCCUCAGGGUUUGGCUCUGGCAAAGGAAAUUGAUGCAGUAAAGUACCUAGAGUGCUCAGCCUUAACCCAGCGUGGUCUGAAGACUGUGUUUGAUGAGGCCAUUCGGGCCGUGCUCUGCCCUCAGCCCACCAAGGUCAGGAAGAAGAAGGCAUGCUCACUGCUGUAAAUGAUUCUUGCAGGACGAGAAAGAAGCGGGACAGAGAUUCAGACUGCUGAUCGCAGCUUGAAAGAAGAUUUUUUUAAAGUUCUGUUAUGUUUCUGAUAGGAAAUGACUAGAUUUACACAAGUUU